AUGCCACGGAAAAAAUCAAAUAUCGGAAGAUCAACGAGAAAUACGAAGCAACAGGCAACCAGAAGAACUACAGAAACACCGCAACAACAAACAAAACGAUUAGAAUCAAACAGACUAAGAGCUUCGUCUUUGAGAGCUAAUGAAACAGAUAGUGAACGUGUUGUUCGAGUUACAGACCUACGAUCAAGAGCGUCUUCAUCAAGAGCUGCCGAAAAACCUGACGAACGAGCUCAACGUUUGGAUGAUCAAAGAUUAAGACAAAAUCAGUUAAGAACUAAAACCGAUCUUAAUAAAGCAGCCUUUGAUUACGAUAAGAAAUAUUAUUACAAGAUCCAUCCCGACGUGGUCAUUGGUUCAAUGAAUGUAGUAUGUCCGCAUUGUCGCGCUAAGAAGUUUCAAAAAGAAACUGCCGGUUUGUGUUGCUCCAACGGCAAAGUUCAAUUACCACCACUGGUUGAACCACCAGAACCUCUUCUUACCUACUUCUAUUUAUAUAUAAUACUCAAUAUCCAAUAGGUUGCUUCGCUAUGGGCUGCCAACGUGUCUGCAUUUAUCGGUCCGCAAGAGACGUGCGUCCAUGAGGGUCGCAUGGCUGCCGCCUUUAACCUACCCAUGAUCAGCUACUAUUGCAGAGACGUCGCGAGCUCGAACAAACGCGUGUACGCAACCUUUGCCCGCACGCGUCCAUCUGAUAUCGAUAUUUCUCGCUCCGUAGUCGCCGUGCUAACACAUUUCGAUUUCAUGCAUAUAGCCGUCGUCUACCUCAAGGCACCCAACCAUGACUUUUCAAGACUGGCUUUCGCUAUAAUAAACGCUGCCAAUGAGAAGAAAAUAUCAAUACGCACGGUACAAGUUUACAGGCAACCUUAUUAUUACGGCGAUAUACCGGAAAACUUUACACGAAACCCUUUUAUGGACAUCGUCCGAGAAACGUAUAAAGAUACAAGAAUUUAUGUAUCAGUGGGUUACUACCAUGACCAUAUUGGCCUGAUGCAGGCAUUAGAUGCAAUGAAGCUUCUGGAUUCAGGGGAAUAUGCUGCAAUAGGAGUUGAUGUGGAAAAAUAUGAGCCUGAUGAAGCCAUUCGAUACCUCACGGGUCCAUUACGUAAAGAACCGGGUCCCAGAGUGCCGAAAGCAUUCCGUUCUUACCUGGCCGUAGUUCCAUCUCCAGCGCCUUCUUAUCCUGUAUUCGCUAACAGGAGGCUACAGAUGCCACCGUUUAGUUUUACAAACCCCUUGCUUGCUUUAGGCGGGGGUAAAGUGAUCCCAGUGGAAGCAGCAUGGCUUCACGAUGCUGUUUGGGUGUACGCUCGAGCUUUGGCUGAUGCUCUGCGUACAGGUGAAAACGCUCGCGACGGACGUGCGAUUGCUGUGCGUAUGCGCAAUACUACAUAUCGUAGUGUCAUGGGGUACUGGAUCCACAUGGACGAAAAUGGAGACGCCGAAGGGAAUUAUACGCUUUUAUCCGUCGACACAACGCGGCCAUCGGGUCUCUAUCCGCUGGCUGUUCUGCACAAGACCGCACCGGAAAUACGGUUCAUUCGAGAGAUGAAGUGGCCUGGAGGCCGAGUUCCUCUUUCGGAGCCUCCGUGCGGAUUUCGUGGAGAGAAAUGCGUCAGUCACGUCGGAGCCUGGGCUCUCGGUGCAUCAGGAGGUACUCUAGCUCUAUUAGCUCUGGCUGCACUGGCGUUAUACCGUGGCUGGCGCUACGAGCAAGAGCUGGACUCGCUGCUCUGGAAGAUCGACUUCAGAGACCUGCACCUGCCGGAUGAGGACCAACGCGCCAACAAACUGAAUAGCAGCGCCGGUUUGAACGCGAACUCUAACAAUGCCAUCGGAAAUAACGAGAAAAGUGGCGGAAGUACGGGAGGAGCUCGUUCCAGUCAAGUAUCGCUGAGUUCUAACCCAGACCUCGACUUCCGAUACUCGGCGAUCUUCACUGAAGUUGCUUUCUACCGUGGUCGUUUGCUUGCAGUUAAGCGCGUGCGGAGAAAUCACAUCGACAUCAGUCGAGAAAUAAAGAAAGAAUUAAAAAUCAUGCGGGACUUACAGCACGACAACGUGAAUGGUUUCGUGGGGGCGUGCAUCGAACCACCAAACGUGUGUGCUCUUUCAGAGUACUGUACUAGGGGUAGUCUUAAGGAUAUUUUAGAAAAUGAAGAUAUAAAACUAGACAAUAUGUUCAUUGCUUCUCUUGUUGGUGAUAUCAUAAGGGGGAUGAUUUUCAUCCACGAGUCACCACUCCAGUUUCACGGAUCGCUUCGUCCAUCUAACUGUCUGGUUGACGCGCGGUGGGUGGUGAAACUUGCAGACUUUGGACUGAGGGAAUUCCGAAGAGGAGAGAUACCUCCAUCAGAUCCUAAUGCUCUGCGAUCUCAUAUAGAUAGUCUAGCCUAUCUAGCGCCGGAAUUGCUCCGCUCAGCGGGGUGGGGCAAGGACUGCUUCCCUACAUCUCUGGAUGUACGCAGCGGGUCUGCAGCGGCGGACGUGUACGCAUUUGCACUGCUUUUGUAUGAGUUGCACACACGACGAGGUCCAUUCGGAGCCGAAGCACUGCCUCCACCAGCUCUCAUGCGACGCCUCGCGCACCCUCACCCUGCGCCUUACAGGCCACCGCUGGAGGACCUGGUGGGACGAUUUGACUGCGUGCGAGAAUGCUGUGCUGAGUGUUGGACUGAGGAACCAGCUCAACGACCAGACUUCAAAGCCAUACGCACACGCCUCCGACCGCUACGGAAGGGCAUGAAACCAAAUAUUUUUGAUAAUAUGAUAGCGAUGAUGGAAAAAUAUGCAAACAAUUUGGAAGCUUUAGUAGAUGAGCGGACUGAUCAGUUACAAGAAGAAAAGAAAAAAACAGAGGCAUUAUUGGAAGAAAUGCUGCCGGCACCCGUGGCUGAACAAUUGAAGCGUGGGCGACGCGUGCUGCCCGAAAGUUACGACUCUGUCACGAUAUACUUCAGCGAUAUCGUCGGCUUUACCGCCAUGUCUGCGGAGAGCACACCUCUGCAGGUGGUGGAUUUUCUCAAUGAUCUCUACACGUGCUUCGAUUCGAUAUUAGAAAGUUUUGAUGUCUACAAGGUAGAAACGAUAGGCGACGCUUAUAUGGUGGUUUCUGGUCUGCCCAUCCGCAAUGGAAUCCUUCACGCGGGCGAAGUGGCGUCGAUGGCGCUCGCAUUGCUGUCCGCAACACGGGCUUUCCGCGUUAGACACCGGCCCGAACAUCGUAUGCUGCUACGUGUCGGGAUACACUCCGGUCCAGUCUGUGCUGGUGUCGUGGGAUUGAAAAUGCCUAGGUAUUGCUUGUUCGGCGACACCGUCAACACUGCCAGUCGUUUCGAAUCUACAGGAGUGCCAUUAAAAAUCCACUGUAGUGGUACGUGCAAGGCAUUCCUCGACCAACUGGGCGGGUAUAUAUUAGAAGAGCGCGGUAUUGUAUCCAUGAAAGGCAAACGAGACCAGGUCACGUGGUGGUUACGCGGGGAAGAACCUAGUGCGGCAGCGGCGCGGGCGCGUAGACGAGCUCACGCCAAAGGCCUGCCGCCCGCUGAUUCAGACCAGCGGCAGCAGGACCGCCGCGGUCAACGCAGCUCGCUGAAGACCAGGAGUUGGAAGAACCAAAUGGGAGGAUUGCACAGAUGUUGCAGUUUAGAAUCUCCAAAGAAACUUAGAUUUGCCUCAGGCAAUCAUUUAGAAUCUUUUACAGAUAGCGUUUUACACCAUCGUAGCGACGAAUACUUAAUGGAAGUAGUCGGUGAAGCUCAGAGGCCCGAGUUGUUGGAAGCGCCGACGCUGAGGGAUCACGCCAGCGUGUCGUGCCCUAUAAUCGAGCAGCGUUGCGACAUCCGCCUUGUAGUUAACUGCGAUGAUCCCGCCGGCAUACCGCUGUUAGCCGAUGCAUAGUUUAUUUUACUACACCGCGGAUGUACCGAAACGAGCGGUUUAAUCAUUAUCGAGUUAUCGAACUUUUGACAUACUGUUAAUUAAAAAAGUAGAGGUAAUGGUGUCAAUUAUGUUUUAGAUGAAUCUCUUAAUUUAAACUAAAUUAACAGAUUCAAUAGUAGUGCUGUUCUUAUCACAACGCUCCAUACAUGGAAAUGAAUAACACUGUUUCUAGAAGUCAAGUUUCUAGUUUCAAUGUGGUUUAGUUAAGAUAUUUAUGUAAAACCUAAGUGGCACCAAUAAUAAAUAAUCGGACGUAGUUGAACAAAAAGUAUCCGACCAACAUUGAAGUAUUUUGAGUCAUUUAUGGGCUUACAAAUAAACGUGGCAUAACGUCGCUGUGUUGUCUUAAACUUUAUCAGACAGCACCUUUAUCAGACCUUAGAAAUGACAGAGCGUGGAAGCGUGUAUUCAGGUUUGGCAAAAUUAUUGCAAAACAAAGAGCCAUAAAGAAAAGUAUUUCUUUUAAGGCACUGAAUGUCUCAAACCUAGCUCAACGUGGUUUGGAUCCAAACGUCCAAUCGUUACUCAAUUUGUAUUUUCGAAUCAAGUCACCGAUGUGAAAGACAAGCUUUUUUGUCAAAUAAUACGGAUGAGUUCGAAACGAAAAAUGCAAUAGUUUUCUUAGCAGAUGAAAUAAAUAAGUUCUCAAACUUGAGGCCGGCUCAAAAUGAUUUACAUCCACAUCCACUAGUCAAUACCCGUCCGGAUUACGAAUGUGAAUAUAAUUUAUGUGUCUAUUUAUGAUAAUAUUAUAAUAACAAAAUAACCAUUAAAAUAUCGUUGCAGUAUGCGCAAUAUAUAUAGUAUAAUAGGGGUACUAUUAUACUAGAAGACUUCGCAGGAAAAAGAAGGAAUGUCAAGAAAUGUUUAAUUACUGAUAAAUGAACAUAUAUUUUUUUAAAUAUUAAUAUUUUUUUAAUCAACUAAUUACCUAUUCUUUGUCCAGUUAUAAUGUCGUUCUAUUUUCUAUGAAUGAAUAAUCCGAAAAGAUAGCAAUAAAGUCAGUUUAAAAUGACAGAAAAGUGACAUUAUUUUUCUCGUGGAGUCUUCACUUGUUUAUAAAAAACGUUAAAGUUACCAGUAAUAUAGCGUAGCUAUGUAAAAUUUAACUGAGUAAAGCUUUGUCUAAUUUAGGAUAAUGAUUUUAACAGCUCUCGUCCCCAAAAAUUCGUGUUUUAUUUCAGGUGAAAUUAUAAUACAGAUAAUGUCUUAUUGUCUAUUAUUUAACUAUUACUGCCAGUUGGGUAGCAUGUAAAACUUAUAGAUGGCACUGAUCUUAUGAACAAAGAAAUUUAUUUUGUUUUGGUUUAAGUAUAAAUUAUGGUCUGACCAAACAUCAUUGCCAUGAUACGACCGAUUCCUAGUUAUAUGAAAAGAGUAAUCGAUAACCGAAUAGAUUCAUUAUCGUUUAUACAUGGUCUUAUAAUUACUGUGAGCUGUCAAAAUUAUAAUCCUAAAUAAGACAAAGCAUAAAUAAGAAAAAGAUUCAUAACGCAGUCUUAGAUAUGGUAAUCAUUCGCGUUAUAGACGUUUAACAAUUCAGUAGCGUUAAUGUGAUCUAUGUCAGUAUUAUUAAGAGACCAUGUUCAAUAGAAAUUAUUUAAUAACAUUAAACUCUUAUUUCACAAUU